CGUAAAAAGCUUCGUUAUUUUAGCAUGACCCAACGUUGUUGAAAAUGUUAACAUGGAAGCGUCAAUUAUUGCCACGACCAAUGUAACAAGUAUUGCAGAAUGCGUCUUGGAGCUGAUAUCAAAUUCUUUGAGCGCUAAUGCUACAUCAAUUGCAAUACGAUUUCAUAAUGAACAGCGAAAAAUUCAAGUGAUAGAUAAUGGUACAGGAAUACCAAAAAUACAACUGAAACCGAUGGCAGAAUAUAAUAAUGAAAGCAUUUUAAAUUGUCCAAGUAUACACGAUUUGUGUAGCUGGAGGAAACGGACACUCGGUAACAUUCGUAGACUAUCUAACGCUAUGUUAAUAACAUCUAGAUAUUACAAUUCUCAGAAGACAUUUAUGAAGAUUUUCAAAGUGAACCGUAAGCCAAAGAUUGUCAGAAUCGAGAGAAGACCUUCUCAAGGCACUACAAUAAGCAUUUACGGAUUCCAUGAAUUAUCCUUAAAUAAAUGGAAUGUUCCUUUUAUGUAUCAUUUGGUUGGAAACAUUGCCAUAGCAAAUCCGCAUACUUCAUUCACCAUUAGAGAUGAUCAAAAAAAGAAAGUUACCAUGAUAAUCGCUAAGCCACACAAACCAUUAGACGUUUUCAAAUCCUUAUAUAGUCAGGAAGUAUCACUUCAUAAAGUAUGGUAUACAAAGUGUACGAAAAAGUCCAAUAUUAAAUUCUGCGCAUACAUUGGAUUAGCUGAAUCUGAAACUGCUGCUUCUCAGUAUAUUUUUGUAAAUGAUAAACUCGUUCAUUGUCCCUUAAUCUUAGAAGUAGUUUCAGCUACUUUCAUAGAUAUAUUAAAGUUCUUCAGAAAACAACAUUAUGAAUUUAUAUCGGAAAAGGCAGCAGUUUUCAUUUUGAUGUUUAUCAUGUGUAGCAAUUACAUUUUUACUAUAGAGAACGGAAGGAGAACUUUAAUGUUUUCUAACAUACAAGAUCUGUUGCAAAUCAUUAGAAAGAAGAUACUGAAUAUUUUUACAAAAAACAUUAAACCUCUAUCUGAUAUUGGUUCAAGAAAUAGCAACAGAUCUACAGAACAGAGCUUUGAAAGCAAAGAGAUACAAUUGAUCCCAAAUGACUCAGUGCAAUUAUUUACACCUGCUUUAAAACAUGAUAACAAUGGUAAAGAAAGUAUGCAACUAACCCUUUCUGAAUGGUCUAAUUGGAGCUUGAAGCAAUUAGAAAAUGAUUCUCUCAAGUUUUAUAAAUAUUUUGAUUUUUUGCCACAAAAAUUACAUAAAUUAUUACGUGGAAACACAAAGCUGACAAAAACUGAAGUUUUAAAUGAAUAUAAUGGAAGUACAUGUUCAACCAAAUUGAAAUCUGGAUUGCAGAUCCCAGAUAUAAUACCUCAUCAAGAACUUGACGUGCGCCCAUGUAAAACUGUCUUACGAUUCCAUAAAUUCACAUUAAAUAAGGAUCUGUUGAAACUUAUUAAAAUAUUAGGACAAAUAAACAAUGAAUUAAUAGUAGGAUUAAUAAUUCAUAAUAAUGUAAAAAUACUUUUAUUAAUGGAUCAACAUGCAAUUCAUGAAAGAAUUAGAUAUGAACAUUUACUUAAUGGAUACAAGAUACAGAUAAGAAAUCAACUAUUCUCCAUCAAAUUGAAAAAUCCUAUAGUUAUACAAUUUCCUGCAGAUAGCUGCAAUUUACUUUUGUCUAAUAAUAUGAUACUAAAAAAGUUUGGUAUAACUUUUAAUGUGAUAGAAAAUAAUAUUCUAAUGAUACGUGCAGUGCCAGAAUGUUUAAGGAAGAAUAAAUAUCAUUAUGAUGAAUUAAGAUUAAAAUUAAAUGUAAAAAAUCUUUUAAAUGAAUUGCUACAAAAUUUUUCACAUUAUAAUAAUAACAUUGAUCCAAUCAACAAUUUACCACUUACUAUUCAAAAUGCAAUUGCAACGGAAGCUUGUCAUGGUAAGUUCUUUCUUCUUUCCUGUCUGUAAUCUUAUUGUUAGUCAAUAAUUUAACAAAUAAAA